AUGUCUGCCGCAACAGCAGCUGUUCCCCCCAAGCCCCAGUACAUCGGCUUCAUCAACACCGCCGACGUCGACAACGUCCUCUCCGCCCUCGGCAAAAGCAACACCUUCCUCACCGAGCUCGGCCACUGGAAAGAGGAAGCCCUCUCGCGCACCCGCGCCGGCACCGUCUGGAGCCUCGACGCCUUCAUCACGCUGGCCUCCCGUGCCACGGACAUUCUCGGCCGCCACGGCCUGCGCUUCAACCCGGACUUUACCAUGUUUGACGUCGGCAAGCAAAAGGACGCGGUUAAGGACUUGCCGGACGAUCAGGUGCUCGGCGUGGUGCCGCUGUUUGGCUUCUACUUUUUUGAUAAGGAGAAUACGCGGAGCUGGGCGUAUAAUGCCAUGGUCAUCUAUCAGACGCAUCUGCUGUGCCAGUUUGUUGGCGUGUGA